AUGUCGUCGUCAGAGCUGUGUUCACACCCAAAACAUUCGAGACUUGUAAUGUAAUUUUGCGUGGUAAAUCUACUAAAUUCUGCACAACAGAAAUGAGCGAUUUGACAAGUAACACGUGAGAUUCUUGACUUCAAGAAAAGCAGCUAAAUAACUACAUCAUGGACAGUGAAUUCCCCAGACAAGAGCACUUAGACAGAAUUCCUCUCUCUCUCUCGGCCCUGCGCCUCUUGGUCCCUCCUGUGCGCCUCAUGUCUGCCUUCAUGUGGAGAACUGUACAGCAGAAGGAUGUGCAGCAGUAUGGGAUGCUGGCAGAUUUGGUUUCAUUGGUGUCAGAGGCAGUUCCAGAACUGGUUAGUCAUAAACUUGGAGUUCAACUCAUUCUAGGACUGCGUGCAAAGCUUGUUUUGGAGUUGUGUGAGAGAGACAACGCUGCUGACAUGCACGCAAUUCAUACUCACCUCAACAGCAUUCAACUUGUGGAUCGCACUGUGGUUGGAGAAGCAGGUGUUGGUUUUGUGGAGCUGGUCCAAACACUUAUUAAAGAUGUGGAUGAGAAGGAGCAUUUCUUCCUGCACGUGUUUCCUGUGGAUUUCGGCACUGACUUUGACUCAGCCAUUCAGGUCCUGAUGUGGCAUUUCCUGUCUAGGCUGGAGCACUUCCUGCCAAUUCCUGACCUUCAGCAGACUCUGGCUUGGCUUGACCCAAUGUUGCCUGUUUCUAAAGAGUGUGAGGAGUUCAAUAGUCAUUCAGAUCACUUAAAGACACUGUUUGAGCACUACAAGAACCUUGGACAUCUAGAUACCAAAUAUUCUUGUCAGCCCAUAAAUGCAGGAAACUGCAUCCUGUCCACACUCUCUGGCAAAGCAGGUGACAUCCAUCAGAAAACAGUAGGUCACGUUCAGAUGUUCGACAGACGGACUUCGGACCACAUUCAGAAAAGUGCCGUGGAGUCAGUAGUAGGAGCAUCUGAAUGUGCUGAGACUCUGGUAGGACCGAAUGAAGAUGGAGAGCAUCUCAUUCUAGAAUCAGAGUGUGCAAGAGGUGUGGGUUUAAAUGAUUCUGGGCUAACACUUCGAGAAGACCACAGAUCUACAGAUGUAAUAGAGGAAUCAGACUCUAAUACUGAACCGUCAGAGUUUCUAUCAUCUCCUUUGUCUGCGCAAUCAGUGUCUGAAAAUAGUGCUGUACCCAAAAUAAUUGUGGGCAAGGGCAGAUCUGCAUGGAAGCCUAAAACCGCGUUGAAGAUUAAAAUGGUCAACCUACAAAAGCUGACGAGAAAACCAGCAACUUCUAAGAAAACGUAUGGAACAAACCUGCAGCAUCAGGCAGAGGUAGACUCCGUUACCUCAGAAAACAAGGGUCACCCUGUGGAGUCUGAUACAUCUGAUUGCACCUUAGAUAACACAAAUGGAUCCUCUCACACAUACUCAUGCUUGCAGUGUCCAUUCAAUCACUCUCAGGUGGAAAACCUCAGAAGUCACAUAAUGAAAGUCCACUCCACUAAGGUUAUGGGAAGUGAGACUGCAGUCGACCCCUCUUUGCCCAACAGCUGCCAUGUUUGUGGCAAAAGCUACAGCUUCCCAUGCUUAUUAAAAGCCCACCAGCGCACCCACACCGGAGAGCGUCCUUUUCUCUGUCCGGUAUCUAAAUGUGGGCGCAGUUUCUCCCAUUCCUAUGCCCUCCGUCGCCAUAGACUCGUUCAUGUGGCCAUCCUAACAUCACCAAAUGAUGUUCCUGAGGAAAACAAAACACAAAAGCCAGAAUCCCAAACUUAUGACUGUCUGUACUGUGUAGAGACCUUCAGCUCGCUCAGCGCCAGGAGAGACCAUCACAAGACCCACCCUGAAGAAGCAGUGCAUCGCUGCAACGCCUGCGGGAAGCAGCUCAGCUGUCAGGCAGCUCUAAUCAGACACAAGCGGAUCCAUGCAGAGGAACGACCCUAUAAGUGUACCGAAUGUCAGUCCACCUUCAUCUGCUCAACCUCGUACAAACGACACAUGCUGACCCAUCAACCAGAGAGACCAUUCCUUUGUACAUGUGGGAAGGGCUUCACAUACCGUGGUGCUCUUUUGGCUCAUCAGCGCAUCCAUUUGGAGGAGAGACCAUACCAUUGCAUGGACUGCGGAAAGGGUUUUCUGUACCCCGGGGCUUUGGCGAAACACCAGAGGACCCACUCCAAAGAGAAACCAUGUGGGAAGAACUCUAAUAUAGAGAACUCUCUUUGUUCACACUCGGACAGCCACGGCACAGAGAAAACUUUUAAAUGCACUCAGUGCGACAAGUCAUUUGGGUUCAAGGCCAGCUUGACCCGGCAUAAACUCACACACACCGGAGAAAGACCAUUCCUUUGUGCAGACUGCGGAAAGGCCUUUUUCUCCCUUGGAGAGUUGCUUAAGCACCAGCGCUACCACACAGGACAUAAACCUUUCCAAUGCUCAGACUGCAAAAAGAGUUUCACGCAAGCCUGCUACUUGCAGGUCCACAUGAGGCACCAUACAGGCAUACGGCCUUAUUCGUGUUCUCAGUGUAACAAGAGUUUCUUCAGUUCUUCCCGCCUUAAGAGACACCUGCGGAUUCACACGGGAGAGAAACCCUUCCAGUGCUUGGACUGCGGAAAAAGAUUUCAACAGUCAUAUCAUCUGAAAGUGCACUUCCAGACUCAUGUAGAAAAGAGAUCUGAAGGCAGGGUGUCUAAUGUUUCAUUUAUGGCAUCAUAAUUACUUAACUUGGGGGGAAAGAAUAUAAAAUAUUAUAAAGUUAAGAGUUUACACACUUUUUGCUUUUUGUUUUCAUAUCUGCUCUCAUACAUACAGGAACCUGUAAUGUGAAUCAAAUUAUGUUUUAUAUCAACAGUAAGUGAAAAUGAUGUGGUUAGGGACAUGUACAAACUGUUUAAUAAGUGUUUAUUUGGUGAACAGUUUGUUUUGGUGUUUUUAUGGCUGAGGGCAAUAAAAAACAUA